AUGAAUCAUAUUUAACAAGUCUUUUUAUAAAGUAUAAUGAAACAAUAGUAACAAGAAAAACAAUAAUAAGUAAAAUAGGAGGAGAACGGUUAGAAACAAAAUAUUUAGGUAUGACAUUUGAAAUAAUUUGUUUAGUAUUUGCAGAAAUAAUAACUUCUCUCCAUUAUUUAGUAAUGCCAAUAGCAAUAAUAACCAAUAUAGCAGACAUCGUAUUAAAUUUAAUUUAUCAUUUAGGAAGUCUUCUACUUUAAUUGAAGUUUAAAAUUAAGUGACAUCAUUCUUUUAGAAAAUUAUUCUUUAGAAACAAACAAUCAAUUUAAAUAAUUUGUUAGAUUAACAAUUACCAUACUUUCUACAAAUAAUGGGGAAUCUAAUAAUUUAUGGGCUAGAAAAUAGUCCUGGAGAAAAGGAAUUCGUUUAAGAAAUUAUAUCAUAAUACAAAUCUAAUCCACUUAAAAUAACAAUGAGUUGCUCUUUAUUUUAGACAAUAGGCCUCCUUUUCCGUUCCUAAUUAGUAUAUUAUGAUUAAAGUAAUUAUUAAACUAAAAUUUUAAGGUACAAAAUAUCUUGCGAAUUUUUUGUUGUUCCGAGAUGAUUUUUGUGACAUCUUCUUUAAUACAUUAUACUGUUACUCAAUUACUCAUGGUUAAACAUUUAGUUAAUAAAUUGGAUUUACACAAUUAAAUUAAAUGAUUAAGAAAACAUAAGAUGAUGUAUGGACAGCAUUUAUAUUCAAAAUGUUAAGUUAAUAAUAAUAGAAAAUGACAAAAGAUAUGUUUUUAUUACAAUUCAAUUAGUAUACUGUAUCAAUGAAUAAUUUCUUUACAAAAAGCAAUUUAAUAAUGGAUUUAGUUGCUUAAAGUGUUAAAUAGACUGCAAAAUUACAUAAUGAUUAAAUAUUUUAGGAAGUAAAAUAUAUCACUAAAAAAUUAGUAUUUACUAAUAAUGGGUAGUUUUAAAGCAACGACAUAAGAUUUUUUAAAAAAAGCUACUUAAGUAUUUUUUGAAGAAUCAAAUGAUCUUGAUCUUUUAUAAUUUAGUAGUAACAUAAUAAAAAUUCAUAAAUAAAUGAAUUGUUAAAUAUUGUUUAUAUUACCUAUGUUAUUUUAAUUGGAGAGUCAAUAUUUAGAUCAUUUAGUUUCGAAUGGAGUUUAAGAUUAAUAGCCAGUGAAAAAUAGUUCAAAUUAUUAUUUAAAGAUGAUAGAGAAAUUAAAAGAUAAAUGUGUCUAUAAUGGUGAGGAAGAAUGUAAUUGUAAGAAAUGUCAAUGGUAAUUAUUUUAUAUAUAAAAUAGUAUUAGAAGAAAUAGAAAUUCAGCAAAGGAAUCUUAAAAAAAGAAGAGAGAAGCUUUAGAAAAGAUAGGUCCUCUAUAAGAUGAAUAUGAUAAAAUUUAAAAGAAGGUAUUAUAUAUAAUAAAUAACAUUUAAAGGUUAAGUCACUUGAAAAAGAGAAUUAAGUUAUUACAAAAUUAUUAUUAGAUGUAUUUAGACACCCAUCUCUUGAAAAAUUGGCAUCCUAAUUUAUUGAACCAUUAACUAAAAUUUUAGCUGAUUAAGAAUCUUUUAACAUUGAUGAAUGCUGAC